AGUCUGCGGGCCGGCACGUAAGCGGCUGGAGCGCAGCUGCCUUGUUGCCUCCGUCCGUCAGGUCGCGAGCGGUGGUAAAAUUGGGUCAGGCGGGUAGUUGCGGGCUGCGUACAUGCGUGUUUUUUCUCUUUCGCGGUGGUGAAGUGUUUGAUUACGUUUGGAUGCUGGCGCCAGGAAUGUAAACACGACGUGCUGGACGUAGUUACUGACAUAAUGGUCUUCCUUCUGUAUUCAUUAAGGAGGCGCUGCCGACGUGCCCGCUGGGCGUAGACGUGCGAGCGGCGCUGGCGUCGCUCUCCCACCGGGUCGGCGACUACCUGUCCGGCCUCAAGAUGCCUGCCAUCCGGGGCCGCAAGGGCUGGUGCGGCUGCCUCAAGGACGACGAGCCGCCGGAGAUCACGUACUGCGUGGUGGACCAGGCCGGCGCGCUGCAGGCUCUCACGCCCACCCAGCCCAUGCCCGACGAGGAGGAGCUCGACGCCAAGUUCGCAGAGCUGGUGGAGGAACUGGACCUGACCGCAACCAACAAGGCGGCCAUGCUGGGCUUGCCCUCCGAGAAGAAAUGGCAGAUAUACUGCAGUAGAAAGAAGGACCAAGAAGGAGUGCCAAACUUACUACAUUUACCUGAGCAUUACAUCGAAAGGGUUCAAGCACUUUCCAUGCUGCAGUUCCCGGCCGACGCUGAGGAGGAGGAGGUGCGCGCGCGCACACGCCAGCUGGACGGCCUGAAGACGGCGCUGCGCACGCAGCCGCACAGCUUCGUGCUGCGCUUCAUCGAGCUGGACGGGCUGCAGGCGCUGCUGGGGUUCCUGGCCGCCAUGGACUACCCCACGGCGCAGAGCCCCGUGCACACGUCGCUCAUCGGCUGCGUCAAGGCGCUCAUGAACAACUCGACGGGCCGCGCGCACGUGCUGGCGCACCCCACGAGCAUCGACACGAUCGCGCAGAGCCUCGGCACGGAGAACAUCAAGACGAAGGUGGCGGUGCUGGAGAUCCUGGGCGCGGUGUGCCUGGUGCCCGGGGGACACAAGAAGGUGCUCGAGGCCAUGCUGCACUACCAGAGGUUCUCCGCCGAGCGCACCAGGUUCCAGGGCAUCAUAAACGACCUGGACCGCAGCACGGGCGUGUACCGCGACGAGGUGAGCCUGAAGACGGCCAUAAUGUCGUUCGUGAACGCGGUCCUCAACUACGGGCCCGGGCAGGAGAACCUGGAGUUCCGGCUGCACCUGCGCUACGAGUUCCUGAUGCUCGGCAUCCAGCCGGUCAUCGACAAGCUGCGCGGCCACGAGAACGAGACGCUCAACAGGCAUUUAGAUUUCUUCGAGAUGGUGAGGAAUGAAGAUGAAAAAGAGCUGGCACGGAAAUUUGAGAAGGACCACGUGGACACCAAGAGCGCCAAGUCCAUGUUCGACCAGCUGCGCAGGAAGCUGAGCCACACCACCGCCUACCCCCACCUCCUGUCGCUGCUGCACCACUGCCUGCUGCUGCCCUUGGACCACGGGGCGUACCCACAGUACUGGCUUCUUUUCGACCGCAUCAUGCAGCAGAUCAUCCUGCAGGCAGAGAGUGGAGAGAACCCGGACGUGUCGCCUCUGAACAUCCGGGUGAAGGAUGUUGUCCAUUUACUUGCCAAAGAAGAGGAACUCGUGGCGGCGAGGACCAAAGCGGAAGAACUCGAGAAGGAGAACUCCGAGGUGUUGACGAGGCUGGCCAAGAAGGAGCAGGAGUUGGAUCUCAGGACGCAGGAGAAGGAGGACAUAGAGACGACGCUGGGCCGGGUGAAGGAGCGCCUGGAGAAGGAGACAGCGGGGCACCUGGAGACCAGGCAGCGCGUCUCCGAGCUGGAGUACCGAGCCAGCGAGCUGGACCACCUGGUGAGCUGCGAGCGCGGCGAGAGGCACCGGCUCGAGAGGCUCGUCAGCUCCGGCAGCCUGCCCGACGAUGCCAAGGCGGUCGGCCUGAGGACGACCAUCGGCGACUCGUGCUCGCUGGACGUGAGCAGGCUGUCCUCGGAGAAGGGGGGCUGCCCGGCUCCCCCGCCGCCUCCGCCCAUGGCCCAGGGCCCCCCGCCCCCGCCGCCGGCCCCUGGCCCCCCGCCCCCACCGCAGGCCCCCGGUCCUCCGCCCCCCUCGUCCGUCGGCGCGCCUCCCGCCCGGGCCGACGUCCCCCGGAAGAACGUCCCGCAGCCGUCCAACCCGCUCAAGUCCUUCAACUGGUCCAAGCUGCCCGACACCAAGGUGACCGGCACCAUCUGGUCGGAGCUGGACGACAGCAAGCUCUACACUGCCAUGGACCUCGAGAGCAUCGACAGGCUGUUCUGCGCGUAUCAGAAGAACGGUGUCGCGAACGAUGGAUCGGUGGAAGACCUCCGGCAGCUGGGGAAGUGCCGCACAAAGAUUCUGUCCGUGAUCGAUGGCCGCAGGGCCCAGAACUGCACCAUCCUCCUGUCCAAGCUGAAGAUGUCGGACGAAGACAUCUGCAGGGCUAUCCUGAGCAUGGACAGCAAGGACCAGCUGCCCAUAGACAUGGUGGAGCAGCUCCUGAAGUUCACGCCCAGCGCAGAGGAGUCGGCACUUCUCGAAGAGCACAGCGAGGAGAUAGACAGUCUGGCGCGGGCUGACAGGUUCCUCUACGAAAUAUCCAAGAUCCCGCACUACGAGCAGCGGCUGCGCAGCCUGCACCACAAGAAGCGGUUCGGCGUGUGGGUGGGCGAGGUGCAGCCGCGCAUCCGGGCGGUGAUGGAGGCGGCGCGGGAGGUGGCGCGCUCGCGCCGCCUGCGCCGCCUGCUGGAGCUGGUGCUGGCGCUGGGAAACUACAUGAACCGCGGCGCGAGGGGCGACGCCUGCGGCUUCCGCCUGGCCUCGCUCAACCGGCUGGCCGACACCAAGUCGGGCGCCGCCAAGGGCACCACGCUGCUGCACUACCUGGUGGACGUGCUCGAGAGCAAGUUCAAAGAUAUCCUCAAAUUAGAAGAAGAUAUGCCUCAUGUCCGAGAAGCCGCUAAAGUCAACAUGGCGGAGCUGGAGAAGGACAUGGCCCAGCUGCGCGGCGGCCUCAAGGAGGUGGAGCGCGAGAUAGACUUCCACCGGUCGCAGCCGGCGGCCGCGGGCGACCGCUUCCUACCCGUCAUGAAGGAGUUCCUGUCUGCGGCCACGUGCCGCUUCUCCGAGCUGGAGGACCUCUUCCAGGACAUGAAGACCCGGUUUGACCGGGCUGUUCGGCUGUUUGGCGAAGACAACUCGACAAUCCAGCCAGACGACUUCUUCGGCAUCUUUGAUGCAUUUUUGACUGCGUUGAACGAGGCGCGGCAAGACAACGAGAACAUGAAGCGUCGCAGGGAAGAAGAGGAGAAACGAGCGAUCCAGGAAGCGGAGUUAAAGAAACGUACAAUAGAACGCAAGAACAGCCGUGACGGCAUCGUCACCAAAGUGGGUGGCAGCCUCAAGAAUGGCUACGCGAACGGAGUGAACGGCAACAGCCGCCGGGAGAGUGUUGGCGAUGCCAAGGGAGAGUUCGACGACCUGAUAUCGGCGUUGCGGACGGGCGACGUCUUCGGCGAGGACAUGGCCAAGUUCAAGCGCAGUCGCAAAGCGAGGGUCAACCCGAACGGAAACUCGCCGACGCGCAUGAACGGCUUGAACAAGGAGGACAGUAGGGAGCGGGUUCUGAGCAACAGUCGGCGAUGAACAGAUCAGUGUGUGCCAGUUGAGACAUUAAGUCUGUGUUCUCGGUCAUCCAGUGUAGGUGAGUCUGUCGAGAGUUUUUUGUAACUUGAGAAAUUUCUAUUUAUUUAUCCCUUAUGAAAGUAAUUUGGUUGACAUUAUUAAAACUUUCCUACUAAAGUUAUUGGAUGAAUCCUUUUGCUCAUUGUAAUUAAUUUCUAAUUAUAGAGAAAAGGUUAAUGUUAAAUUAUUGCAGUACUUGAUUACAAGUAAACCGUAUUUGUAUCCUCAGUAUUAUGUGUAAAGUCAUGCAAAACUACAUUUUGCAUCAAUUUAUAAUACUUUUUGUUUUCAAAGUGACUUUUCAUAAGGGAAAGUAAGUUGAUCUUGAGAUUCAUUGUAACUAAUCAUCACAAGUCAUGUUUGUUAUUGUAAUGCCAAGGUUCAAUUAAACAUUAAUAAGACUGAUUGAAUAUCGUGGCCAUGAUGUGCGUUAAUGUAAACCAAACAAUUUUAACGUAGCUUUUGCAAUUUGUUAAAUAAAAAUUUUUACCCAAAAUUUUUUUUUGAGAAAAAUAUUACCACUUUCAUACACUAUUUAAAAACUUAAGGUUAAAACUCUGUAAGACUGAAAAAAUAAAUAAAUUGUAAUCUUUGAAUUAGUACAUGAGUUUUUGUAAUAUGAAAAUGUUUUUACAUCAUAUUUGGGUACGGUAUUUACCAUUUGUUCUCCUUUCAAAUAAAAUGUUUCAUCACCUUUGCGAUAACUUGAUGAAUGUUGAUUAGUUGCUGUUUAGAUAAGAUUGAAAAUUUUUGUAUUAUUAGGUAUGUACUAGAGGCGUUAUUUUUGUGAUAUUACCUGACACCACUGUCAAUGUUAUGUAUUUUGUGUUGCCAGCAUUUAAAAGUACAAUACUACUUCAUAACGUAUGACUUAGUGUUGGAAUUUGUAUUUAUGUUGCAAAAUAGUGUGCAGUUUACAGUGGGAAAAUUUGAACGUAAUAGUUUGUCAAGUUCUAGUUUUAUGUGUUUACGUAGACAAACACCAAAAUAAAAUGUGUACUCAGUUGCUGCGUAUAUGUAAAGUAAGAUAAUGUACGAAAUUACACUGUAAAUAGAUUAAAGUGUCAUAAUGUAAAAUAUUUGUUUUAAAAUUAAAUGUAUUUACAUGCAACUUUUUAUGUUUUCAUUUUGUGAAUAUGAACUCGAAUAUUACUAAUGGUUUUAAAGUAUUUUUUUUUUCAUUAAGAAAAAUAAAUAUGUAGGUAUAAAUUAAACAUUUUUUCUAUAAAGUUGAGUAUAUAUAUAUAUAUUAUUUUUUUUUUAAUGAAUAUGAGGAAUAGUUGUCGUACUAUACAUACAUGUAAUUGGCAAAUUUAUGUGUUAACAAACAGUUUUAAAGAAAAACCUACACUUAACGAUUAAUGCACACAUUGAAAAUGCAAAAUUUAUGUAAAUUUAAACUUAAAACUAUUAAUGUUUCCAUAAACAAUUAAAAGCAUGAUUGAAAACAACUACUUAUUCAGAAUUUGAAACUUACAACAAAAAACCAAAGUUAUUUCAUUACUGUUAGACUAGCAGAAUUAAUGGCAUUUAUGAUUAAAAAAAAAACACACACACUUUUAACUUUUUAAACUUGUAAUAAACUAUUAUUAAAUCAAUUUGUAUCUUGUACCAGCAUAAAAAAAAAAUCUUUAACUAUAGACUACAAUACUACAAAAAAAAAUUGUCUGCAUGGAGUCCAAGUGCGACAGAAGUGAAACUUCAUGUUUAUUAUAUUAUUAGGUAUAGGAAACACAAUUCUCUUUGGCUGAGGUUGCAGAUCCAAAAAUAUAUAUGCAAGUAUGCAAAGGCUAUAUUAUGCUAUUGUGCAAGUAUGGAAGUGUGAAAGUAAUGGAGUGUGAAAAUAUGCAGGUAUGAAAGUAUGGGGAAGCCUAAGAUGUACAUCAAGUUCUGUCCCUGCCCGAACACGCCCGAAUAUUCACCUUCGGUCAACCUCAGGUUUAUUUAUAUUUCUCUGUUUAUUUUAAUGUAGCUAUACAAACCUAACUAACCGUCCAUAGUGUUUUAAAGUGUUUUAAUGUAGCUAACCUAACCGUCCACUUUUAAUAUUAGAAUUCAUUUUUCCUGUGCAAAAAUAAAACAAAUCCUGAGGUUGGCCGAAGGUGAAUAUUCGGGCGUGUUUGGGCAGGGACAGAACUUGAUGGACAUCUUAGGCUUCUCCAAAGUAUGCGGGUAUAAAAGUAUGUGGGUGUGAAAGUAUGUGGGUAUGAAAGUAUGUGAGUAUGCUGAGUCAUUUCUGCCUUUUCCCUGCCAUCUCCUCGUCUACUGGUUUCCCCACCACUUAACUAACUAUUCCUCUCAUGCGAUGAGAAUUUUUGUAACUCUUGAAAAUUUUAGCCCCCUCAGCAAAGAAGUUUCACUUUAAAAAAAAUGGACUAAAUGUUAAAAAGUUAUAGUUGAAAGGAUGUAUAAUUGGGUAGUCGCGAUCAGUCUACCACCAUGUUCACACAGUAGUAGCCUACUUGCUGCAUUAUUCUAUUUUAACUUCAAAACAUAAUAAAUAUAUAUUAAACUAGAACUCUUUUUAAACUUGUGGCUUCGCUUGCACAGUUUCAGUGUGUUUUUGAAAUCUUAGAAUCUUACCAUAGAAAGAGAAGUAUGUGAUUAAUUCCAAACAUUUUUAUUAAAUAAAUAGCCACAAUAAAUGUUUCUGGUGCAUAAAAGAUUUACUUCAUAACAAAACUGUUUAAGAAUGAUAUUUCUUAAAGUGGAUAAGCGUAGGUUUUUUAUUUAUUUUAUUUUUUUUGUACCGUUCAAGUAUCUGAUUGUAAAACUUCUGAUUUAGAGUGUUCAAAUAUAUAUUUUACAUUGAAGAAUAACAUUUACUUUCUUUUAAAUAUAUAAGUUAGACAAUUUAAAAAAUUGUUAAACAUGCACCUAUUCAGAGCUGGCUGACAGCCCUGCAAGUCCACUGACAUCACCAGCCAUGUCACGUGCUGUACACUGACGUAGGGCACAGCACACGCGCCUGGCUGGAUGACAAGGGUCGUCCCCCCUCUGCUCCCCUAGCAUUGCCCUUCCUCGGUGCUGUUUAUCGCUGAGCAGCCUUGGGAAUUCCAUGGAUCGCCACGUGGAGUGACGAGAAUGAGCACAGCCUUUCUGGACUUUUCGGGCUUUGGGUCGGCCGGGGAUGACGCGACUCAUCACUGUCGUCUCCCCGGUUCUGGAAAGUUGACCCACUGGUAUAUUAGGGUGCCGUGAGAGCCCCGAGCAAGUUCCGAGCGAGUCCCACGACAGUUUCGGAGUUCUGAGAGUUCCGCGAGUGAAGAAAAGUGCGACAUCGGCGAAGAGGGUGAGAGACCCCCCCCCCAUCCUCCAGAGAGUGGCGCGAUGCGGAGUUCAACUGGAUCGUGAGAGUGCGGCGACUGAGUGGCAAGAUACUGUGUGUGUGGACAGACACGUGGUAAGGGGUGAACCACUGUCGAGCCUAGCUCCAGUGAUGAGUGCGAAUUGCAGAACUUGACAUACGUCGAGUGACUUGAGAAUAAACAUUUUUAAGGGCCAGUGAUUUGCGAUCGUUCAUUUUUAAGUACGAUUGAACAUUUUUGAGUACAAUUAAUUAUUAUUAAUGUAAAUAUUAGUACUUAAUUAAUUUGUAAUAGGAAAACUUAAUUAGGCUAUCCCUUACGAACCCAGGUCUCCCCACUUAGGUCGUAACAAUAUUAGUCAUCUUUAAAACAUACUGUAUUUGCCCAUUUUUCACCUUUUAUGGUUAGAAUUUUUGAAAAUAUAAAAAUCGUUAUUGGA